AUGGUAACAAAAGAAGCAGCUAUGUCUUUCUCGCAAUUUGGAUACCCUUACAAUGCAACUUCACAGUUUUUCGUGUCGGCAAACCCCAGUACGACUUGCUGCGAUUCGAUUUCCAGGUCGGUCUCUGACGGGACAGCAGGCUCCCAGACUGCCGCUGCCGCCGCUGCUGCCUCCUUCUGCUGCCCGUCCUACGAGAACCGGCUCCUGGCGAGCAGCCGGACGGAGCUGAACGCAGCGCUGGGGAUGUACAGCUCUCCCUACGCCGCAGCGGCUGCCGCCAGCCAGAACUACGCCAACUACUUCCCCUACAGCACCGACCCAUCCGCUAUCUACUCCACUCUGAAUCCACAGUAUGACAUUAAGGACAGCACAGGCACUUUACACUCUGGCAUCUCUCAAACCGCUGCAUACUAUCCUUAUGACCAUUCACUGGGACAGUAUCAAUAUGACAGAUACGGGACAGUAGACUUUAAUGGCACGGCCAGAAGAAAGAACGCAACUCGUGAAACCACCAGCACCCUGAAAACAUGGCUAUACGAGCACCGCAAGAACCCCUACCCCACCAAGGGAGAGAAGAUCAUGCUGGCCAUCAUCACCAAAAUGACCCUCACACAAGUGUCCACCUGGUUCGCCAACGCCAGGAGGAGGCUAAAGAAGGAGAACAAAAUGACCUGGUCACCAAAGAACAAGGCCAACGAUGACAGGAAGGAUGACUUUAACAAGAGCGACCAAGACUGUGUCACCAAAGACUCUAGUGACUGCAAGGACGAGAAGGAUCUGCACCUGAGUGAUCUGGAGGACAUGGACGACGACGACUGUGACAAGCUGGAAAGCGACUGUGAAAAGGUGGCUGCAGAUGAGCAGGACCUCCAGAGGGUCAUGGCAGUAUCCGGAGCCCCUCAAAAGAGAGACUGCAGCUCCGAGCUCCACCUUAGUUUAACUAACAGCUUCCACGCGUUCCCCUGUGCCAUCAAAGGCGUCACCACCCUCCCUCCUCUACCGUCUGACUUCCUGGAUCCUGUGGUGUCCAAGGCACCUUCCUCAACUGGCCCAGGAGGAACGCUGUCCCUGUCUCACUUUGAAGCAUCAGAUAAGCCUCGGAUUUGGUCUUUGGCUCGCACGGCGGCUUCGGGGGUCAUACUGAGCCCUCAGCAGCAUGGCUCGGAGCUGAGGACAGGCAACUCAACCGGGGACUGCCAGCUCCAGAGCUCCAGGCUCACCGGGACUCUUACUGGACAGUGUGGGGGCAUGAGAGGCCUCCAUGACUCUAGCAGUGUCACCAAUACUGAGAGCCCCUUCGCUGAGGGCUUAUCAUUGCACUCAAAAGUCUAUGGCACUAGCAGCUACAGUCACAAGGACCUCCAACUGCACUGUUCAUCCUAUGCUGCACUCCAAGACACAUGUCAGUACUCCACCAUUGAAGGGUUCUCUGGAGGCAAAGCAGAGACACAGUCCUCUGACCUCAGUGAAGCCUGUGGGACCGUGCAGGAUGACAAGGUCACUGCGUUCAGACCAGUGAUGAAGAGGUGA